CUUUCUUUUGCUCACCUUUUGGCUUCUUAAAACGACUUAUGUGAUUAAUUGGUUUCCGACCAGCAUUUGUUAUAACGGACAACGUUGAAUUCCUUCAGAUUUACUCAAUGGUCCUUCUGCAGCAGCUUCACAUGGGCCCUCACAGUUCAGCUAUUGUUUUACGGUAAUAAAAUUCUUGUUAGGUAGUCUUAUUCUCGAACGCCUGAUUCGGAAGUCAGUCCAUUAUGAACGGGGAUUGGAGCAGUGUGCGGUCACCGUCGGUCCGUUACCCAAAUCAAAGAUUUCGCCUCCGUCCCAGGGUAGUUGCAGUUAUUGCAAUGUUCAUGUUUUUUGUACUUAUUUUACUACUAAUGCCUGACUCAAAAUCAAGAACUGGUAGUUCAUAUGAUAUGAGAAUUAGACCAGUAUUUACUACAGUCGCUGUAUAUAAUGGCAGUUACCCUGGAACAUUACCAGUGAAGACAAUCGGUGGAAAAAAAUACAAAAUUGGUCUUGUAGCAGAUUUGGACAAGGCCUCAAAAAGUCAGGAAGAUUCCAAAACAUGGAAUAGCUUUUUAAAGACUGGUUAUUUAACAUUGAAUUCUCAUCAUGAUAGCGUGACAAUAGAAUGGGAUCAAAAACAGCUUUUAACAUCGCAGUUUUCCCAAGGCGGAAGAGGAAUGGAAUUAUCGGAAUUAAUUAUUUUUAAUGGUAAAUCAUAUUCAGUUGACGAUAGAACUGGUGUUAUAUAUGAAAUUGUUGGUAAUCGUGUUGUUACCUGGGCGAUUUUACCGGAUGGUGAUGGAACUGCUUCUAAAGGUGAUAUAAUCAAUUUUAUUUCAUUCAUUCAUUCAAUCAUUCAAUAAAUAUCUGAAUCUAAU